AUUUUUCCUUCUGCAUCGUGACGUUUCAAAGCUGUAUUAAGUCAAUGUUCAGUUGUAAACUUUUGAAAGACCGACCAUAACGUUUAGUUCAGAGUUCUGAACAUUUCAGCGUUACACACAGCCCCCGUUCCCAGGGGGGUCGGAACUCUGAGGUUCUACUGUAUUUUUUUAAGUCCAAGUUUGCUUUUACUUUCGUUUCUCGCAGCUUGGGCUGGGAAAUUGAAACCUAGGGAUCCUCUUUCACCUGCCUGUCCUCAGUGAUUAUGCAAACUUCUCCAAUGCUCUUGAAUUGUGGGGUUUGGUUUGGUUUGUUUUUCUGGGGGGCGGGAGGAGGGAAGGGUUGUCUUUGAUUUUGGGCCAAAUUUCACGUGAGUACCCCCUGAAGAGCCUCCCAAGUCUAACUUAAGUGCAGAGAGCUUUGAAAAUUCUUAGUGGAUGCAUUUGAGUCGGUCUCAGACAAUCUUCUGGGACUGGGUGGGGGCAGUGAACAGCACUGUUUGAAAAAAUAGUCUGGAAGGGUUCAAGGCAGGAGGAUCUGAAAGCUGUUUCCUUUGAGUCUCUCGCUAAUGCACAGCGGAGGGAGAGCACGGAUGGAGGAGGGCCAACGAUACCCAGGUGACAGACUCAGAGCCACACGCAGCAAACAUGCUUGACAGUCUUAUUACUUUGGCUGGAGCAGGCGUUGCAGCAGGCGUGGCAUGCGUUGGGAUCCCGGUAGUACUCGGGGCAGUCGGCUUUACUGGUGCAGGCAUUGCAGCUGGGACCCUUGCUGCCAAGAUGAUGUCAGCAGCGGCCAUAGCCAAUGGAGGAGGGGUAGCGGCUGGAAGUGUUGUGGCAGUGCUGCAAUCCAUUGGUGCCGCAGGCCUUCCUGCAGCUGCCAAAGCUGUGAUAGUAGGUGUUGGGGCAGCAGUCGGUGCCUUAGUCUGAAAGCUACAACUGCUCCUUUAUGCUCUAGAAGACGCAACGACUCGUCCGCUGGCAGUUUUUCAAUUGCACCAUCAGGCUAAUGCAACAAGUAGCAAGUUAGAGAAAUGGCUUUGUAGUUGAAUGCAAAAACAAGUGGCCUGUAGAAACAGAUCCCGCACGUCUGUUGCUUGUUCUACCUUCUCAACACCAGACAUCAAGUUCUGUUGGGAUUAUGGCUGAAUUAUUGCUGUUGGCUGAAAUGUGACAAAUCAAUAAACUUUUGCAAAUUUAAAUGCCCUGAGUUGUUAUGGCUGAUUGUGUGUCAGUGCAAAAUAGCUCACCGAAUGUGCACACACACCUUCACGCCAGUGUAUUGCCAGGACCAAAGCAAAGUGUUGUCAAAGUGAAAAAAGAGCUAGAAUC